AUGCAGAAGCAAAAGCUUGAGAUCCUUCCACAAAGAGAAAUUCUAAAAUCUCUCGAAAAUGCAUUUAACGUCAUUCCAAUAGUUCCUAGAGACUGCAUAAAGGCAAUCAAUAAACUAGUCUACAAUAUGAAUCAACAAAAUUUCUCGCAGGAAGUCUAUAAAAAUGUUUUGUUUUUAGUUCUCAGGGCCUUUACAUCAAAAGAUAACUACUUAAAGAGUGUCGUCUAUUCGCUGUUAGAAAUGCUCAGUACCAAGACAUUUGAUGGACUAUUGGGAAUCAACAGUAUAAUUAAGGACAUUGAUGACAAGCACACGCCUGUCAAUAUGAGAAAUUCUGCCCUCAGGGUUUUAUUUUCAAAUCUACCUUUAACAAUGCGUUUUGAAUUUGAAAAACUUAUUAAAACAGCACUACUUGACAACAAAACUAGAGAUAAUGCAGUAUGCAUAUCCUCUGAGUAUUUCAAAGACAUGAAAGUUGAUUCUAGGAUUUUUGAUAAAAUUGACGAUUAUCAUCUUAGCUUUUUCAACCGUCUACCCAUAAACAGGUAUACCUCAAUGCUAGAGAUCAGAAGGAUAGUUAAGAAUAAUGAAGAUGUCCAUAAGAUCAGCCAAUACUUAACAACAUCAACGGAUAGCACCACUUUCUUUGAAGCAGCAAAAGCGUUAACUGUGAUCAGACAGGAAAUGGCAGCUCCGAUGAUUGAUAAGGCAGUAUCAACAAUACGUGUACAUUUGAAGAAGGGCCCGAUAGAACAGUUUGCAAGUAUGAAAAUACUCAAUAAACUCUCUGUUUUAUUUCCAACAAAAGUAGCCAAAGCAAAUAGAGAAAUAGAAGAUCUGGUACAUGUCAAUUCUAGGACGGUUUCAAUGCUGGCCAUCUUAACACUGCUAAAGACGGGCACUGAUGAAACAGCCAGACAGCUAUCUUCAAAACUGGAGCCUUUAAUGAGUACAAUGUCUGAACCUUACAAAAUCAUGGCAAUUGAAACGAUUGAAAAACUCACAAGAAACUCUAAGAGUGAGUAUCUGGCAUUUCUUAAAGCUUCGCUGUUUGAUAAGGGUUCGAUUGAAUUUAAGAGGUUCAUUUUGAAGAAGGUUGAGCCUUUAUUGGCUGAUUCUGAUGAAUGUCAAAAAGAGGUGAUGAAAUUUCUUUGCAGCUAUGUUGAAGAUCCUGAAUACUAUCAAAUUUCAAUGGAUAUUCUAGGACUUAUAAGCCAAUACAUUCUCAACUCAAAGGAUCUUAUUCGUGUUUAUAAUAGACUUAUACUUGAUAAUAUUCAUGUAAGGAACUCUGCAUGCCAGGCGUUGUUUGAUCUUAGCGACAAGUUUGAUACUCUUGAAGCCCUAGAUAGCAUUCAGGACCAGGAAACUAUGAAGAUCCGAUCAUUUUUAUACUCGAAUGCUGAUAUUAAAAAGGGACGUUUUGAUAUUAAUGAACUGGGUGAUUUGAGGGACGAAGUUUUGAAGUAUCUAGCUGCUCCUAUUGAAGAACCUAAAGAAGGGGAGGCAUUGGAUGAUAGGUUUAUUAAGGAAUGUAGGAGCAUUCCUCUUACACCAGAAGGUUCGGACUUCUCAGUUGCUGUUAUCAAAAAAAUGUUCAAAGAUUCAGUCGUACUUUUGUUUACCUUUGAAAAUAAAAUGUCGAGGAUUGUUGUAAAUUCCUGUCUGCUUACAAUUGAUACAGGCGCCGAGAAGCACUCGAUUGAAUUAUCCCAUACGGAAUUUAAGGAUACAACCACAGCCACAAGAGAAUUAGAAGUAUCGUUGAAGAAGGGGGAUGUUGUUAAUGGUGUAUUUGAAUACCAAAUAAGCCCUGAAGAUGAAUUGACUGAGGUAGAAAAUGAUAGUAUAUCGUUGAUUCCAUUUGAUAUUAAUGUUUUAGAUUACAUCAGGCCAGUUGUUGCUGGCCACAUACCCACCAAUAAAAGGAUGGUUGAAUCCAAAUUCAAACUAAAGCAAACCGAGGCCAUUUCUAGGAUUGUUGGAGUAUGCAACAUGUUUUUGACAGCAGACAAGGAUAGUUUUGAGCUGCAAGGAUGUUAUGAAGAUAUACCUGUAGUACUGAGAGGCAAUGCAGUAUACUCUAAGUAUACUACAGUUUACCUUGAGAUACUAUGUGACAAUAGUCAUGUUGUUGACGAGAUUGUUGCUGUACUUGAUUAA